AUGACACCAAAAUCGGCUUCGAGCGCUGUGAUCCAGCCGCAAAUGGAUGAUAAAUGGGCACAACACUGCGCAGCCUACGCGGAAUAUACACACACUCCCUGGGACUGGCUCGUCGACCUCACGCCGAUCAAGCAAGAACAGCGGCUGCUUCGUCAGUGGAACUUCACGGACGCGUGGCUCUUGGACCAUCUGAAGAUCGGCGCGAACGACACCUUCGCACUGUGCGACACGAAGCGGACAGACUACAGCUUCCAGGAAUUUACGGCCUUCAAGACCACGCUCGGGCGCAAGUACCAGCACCCCCAGCACCUCUCCACCCUCGCGCACCGCCCGGAGCGCCUCCAGCUCGGCACACUCUUUAGCUCAUCCCGCCUGCACCGCGAUCGCGGGAAUGCCAUCCGGGACGAGCUGGGAGGGAUGUACUUUGACGACCUCGACGACCUCGACAAUCGGGCUCCACCGUAUAUUCCACCCGACAUCCCAUCCCUGCGUGUCCCACAUCCCUACCUGCAUUGUCCAAUCCUCCGCGCUCUCCUAAGCUCACCUGCGCAGUUCACCUGCAUGCACCAGUGGCCCGCAGGCCGCAGCCGACUGCCCCUACUUCAUACGUCACUCUUUCUCGCGACAGAUGCGGUCAUCCCAUGGAAUUCGACGCUUCUCGUGCAUUCCACACGUACAUUCCCAUCUACAUUCUUCCUCGAGGAUUUCUCUGUGCAGACAGGUGCGCUGAACUCGCCCCGAUGUGCACGCGACGGCGUGGCGCUGCGGGAGUUUAUGCUCUCGUUCCUCGAGGCUAUGGUUGCGGGCCGCACGUUGGACGUCAUCGGCACGGAGGGAUGUACAUUCAGCUCGUUUGUAAAGACGUGCUGUGGCGAACGUAUGAUGGGUGAGAGAUCGUGCUGA